AUGGCAAACAAUGGUGUCUGCCAUUCAGUGGUCCCAGACGAGUACGCGGCCCUGCAACAUGUAGUCAAGUGGCUCUCCUUUGUGCCCUACGAACGUGGCGGCCGUUUGCCCAUUCUUCGAAGACCCCUUCCCCCGGCCAUUCUCAAUCAGGUCGCCUCCCCCUCCUCCUCCUCCGCUGGGACGCUCACGGCGUCCAGUCCACCGGAAUCCAACCCGGACAGUGACCCUGCA